AUGGAUUCUUCUCCGCCUGGCCUUCGCCAGCGUGGAGGUCAAAAUUCAGCCUCUCCUGCACCGCAAAAAAUUUCCAAGUCUCCAGCCCCACCGUCUUUGAACCAGCAGCCGUCAAAGAAACAAGCCUCUGAAUGGAGCUACCGACUGGCAAUAACCGUGAUAACCAUCCUGGCAUUUGUUACUCGGUUCUAUAAAAUUAGCUAUCCAGAUGAGGUGGUGUUUGAUGAAGUACACUUUGGAAAGUUUGCUUCGUAUUACCUACAGCGCACUUAUUUCUUCGAUGUCCACCCUCCAUUCGCCAAACUCCUUUUCGCAUUCGUGGGCUGGUUCGUUGGAUACGACGGCCAUUUUCUUUUUGAUAAUAUCGGUGACUCGUACAUUAAGAAUAAAGUCCCAUAUGUUGCAUUCCGGGCAUUGCCGGCCACUCAAGGUGCUCUGACUGUUCCGGUUGUUUUUCUCAUUAUGUGGGAAUCCGGCUACUCCCUCCCCGCUUGUAUCUUAUCCUCAAGCUUAGUGUUGUUUGAUAACGCCCACAUCGCCGAGGACAGAUUGAUCUUGCUAGAUGCCACCCUGGUCAUUUCGAUGGCCCUGAGCAUACUAUGUUAUGUCCGAUUUUACAAGCUUAGGCAUGCUUCUUUCACCCGGAAAUGGUGGAAAUGGCUACUGUUGACAGGAAUUUCGUUGAGCUGCGUCAUCUCGACAAAGUACGUCGGAUUGUUUACAUUCGUAACCAUUGGAUCGGCUGUUUUGAUAGAUCUAUGGAACCUUCUUGACAUUAACCGCCGCGGCGGCGCAUUGACAAUGCUACAAUUCGGCCAGCAUUUUGCCGCCAGGGCUUUCGGCCUAAUCGUGGUGCCGUUCUUCUUUUAUCUCUUCUGGUUCCAGAUUCAUUUUGCAAUCCUCAACAAAUCAGGACCUGGAGAUAAUUUUAUGAGCCCGGAGUUUCAAGAAACUCUUGCAGAUAACGCCCUGGCUUCGAAGUCUAUGGCUAUUCAAUACUACGAUAUGAUAACGAUCAGACAUAAACAGACAAACACCUAUCUACACAGCCACCCGGAAAAAUACCCACUUCGUUACGAAGACGGGCGUAUCUCCAGCCAAGGCCAGCAAGUCACUGGGUAUCCUUACAACGAUACCAAUAAUCAUUGGCAACUGCUUCCAUCAGUCGCAUUCCCUGAAAAUGAUCGUGUUGGGCAUGCUGUGAAAAACGGAGAUACUGUUCAGCUCCGACAUGUCGUCACCGAUACAAUCCUCCUUACCCAUGAUGUCGCCUCCCCAUCUCUUCCAACCAACCAAGAAUUCACGACUGUUUCUCAUGACCUUGCGAACGGUGAUCGUCAUAAUGACACCCUGUUCGAAAUAAAAGUGGAUGGCAUCAAAAGAGGCGAAGAAUUUCGGACGAUGGCCAGCUUAUUCAAGCUCAUUCAUGUGUCUACGAAAGUGGCAAUGUGGACGCACACCACUCCUUUACCGGACUGGGCCUUUCAGCAGGCUGAAAUCAACGGAAACAAAAAUGCGCAAGAUACUUCCAAUAUAUGGUUUGCUGAAGAUAUUCCGUCGCUAGAACCAGAAAACCCACGUUUGACAAAAGAACCCCGAAAAGUCAAACAAAUGCCAUUCCUUAAGAAAUAUUUAGAACUUCAGGCAGCAAUGUUCUAUCAUAACAAUGCUCUGACUUCCAGUCACCCUUAUGCUAGCGAACCGUUCCAGUGGCCGUUCCUCCUUCGGGGUGUCAGCUUCUGGACCAAAAAUGAUACUAGACAGCAGAUCUACUUUCUUGGCAACCCAAUUGGAUGGUGGAUCGCGAGCACCCUUCUAGCUGUAUUUGCUGGUAUUGUCGGGGCCGACCAGCUCUCGCUGCGCCGUGGUGUUGACUCUCUUGAAGAAGUUUGGGGGCCAGGCUCGCGCUCGCGUUUUUACAACAGUACUGGGUUCUUUUAUCUGUGCUGGGCUGCUCAUUACUUUCCAUUCUAUCUUAUGGGUCGACAACGUUUCCUUCACCACUAUCUCCCGGCGCACAUUGCGUCCUGCCUCGUCACUGGUGCCUUGGUAGAAUUCCUUUUUAACGUCGAACCCAUCACUACUGAAGACGAAAGUAAUAACCAAUUUGUUGGUCUUAUUGGUGGCGUCCGACGGCGAUUGAGUCAGCGAAGUAUCAUGACCAUAUGGGCGGCCACAAUGGCCAUUCUCAGCAUCGUCUUAUGGGGAUUUUGGUUCUUCGCGCCCUUGACAUAUGGUUCUCCGGGCUUGGAUGUGGCCGGCGUUAAUGCAAGAAAAUGGCUUUCCUAUGAUUUACACUUUGCUAAAUAA